GCUCUGAGCUCAUCAACAGAUCAAUGACUCAAAGGUCGCUGUGAUGUUUCAGCGCUCUGCAGGACACUGACCUGAGCUGCUGCAACUCACUCAUCUCCUCUCCUCUACCUGCUCAGGAUGAAGCCUUGUGAUUGGCUGUUGGCUCUGGCGUUCCUGCCGCUCGUGUCUUUCGCCGCCCAGCCGGACAUCUGCAGCGCCAAACCCAAAGACCUUCCUCUGGAGCCGCGCUGCGUCUACCGCGGCCCCGAGACCCCCGAGGGCCCCGAGGGCCCGACGCAGGAGCCCGAGCAGAUCCCAGAGUCCACCAACCCUCGAGUGUGGGAGCUGUCGAAGGCCAACGGUCGCUUCGCCCUGUCGCUGUACCGCCAGCUGGCCCUCAGUAAGACCCCCGAGGCCAACAUCUUCAUGUCCCCCAUCAGCGUCUCCACCGCUUUCGCCAUGACCAAGCUGGGAGCCUGCGAGCAAACGCUGCAGCAGAUCAUGGAGGUGUUUGAGUUUGACACCAUCAAGGGGAAGACGUCCGAUCAGGUCCACUUCUUCUUCGCCAAACUGAACUGCCGUCUGUACAGGAAGAAGGACGAGACCACCGAGCUGAUCUCUGCCAAUCGGCUGUUUGGAGAAAAAUCUCUGAUGUUCAACGAGACGUACCAGAACAUCAGCGAGACUGUGUACGGCGCCAAGCUGCUGCCGCUCAACUUCAAGGAGAACCCAGAGCAGGCCCGUGUCACCAUCAACGACUGGAUCUCCAACAAGACAGAGAACCGGAUCCAGGACACGCUCCCGCCGGGGGUUUUGGACUCCACUGCGGUCCUGGUCCUGGUCAACACCAUCUACUUCAAGGGUCAGUGGAAGAACAAGUUCGACAAAGACAACAACUUCGCCGAUGACUUCCACGUCAGCGAGAGCCGCCGCUGCUCCGUCAACAUGAUGUACCAGGAGACCAAGUUCAGGUACAGGUACUUCCCCGACGACCAGGUGCAGCUGCUGGAGAUGCCCUACCGCGGAGACGACAUCACCAUGGUGAUCGUCCUGCCGAGCAGAAGCAGCACGCUAGCACAGGUGGAGGAGGGUCUGGACCUCAGGAAGUUAACCCUCUGGUUGGAUCAGAUGAAGGAAACGAUGGUUUCUGUUCACGUUCCUCGAUUCAGAGUCGAAGACAGUUUCAGUCUGAAGGAGAAGCUUCAGAAGAUGGGCCUGACUGACCUGUUCAACCCUGAGGCUGCUAGUCUGCCAGGCAUUUUGCAGGACGGCUCUGAUGGUCUUUUCAUCUCUGAUGCGUUCCAUAAAGCUUUCCUAGAGGUGAACGAGGAAGGAAGUGAGGCUGCAGCUGCCACCGUUGCCGUGGCGAUCGGUCGCUCCUUCCCGACCAAUCGGGAGGUUUUCCGGGCCAACCGUCCGUUCCUGCUGCUAAUCAGAGAAGUCUCCAUCAACACGCUGCUGUUCAUUGGCCGCGUGGCCGACCCCUGCGACCAAUAGAAACACUGAGGUCAGAGGUCAGAGGUCACGUGGGGUCAUUUUAGAAACAUUAAAGUUUAAUAUUAAUAUUUUCAGACUGAAACAUUUCUGCUGAUUUUAUUGUUUUGAUGAGUCAAAACAGGAAGUGAUGUAACGCCCUUGUGAUUGGUUAAUGAUCAGUGAUGUCAGUGCUUAACGGGAGACGUUUCCAUGGCUACAGAGUGGUAACCAUGGAAACAUCCCCUGUCCAUCGAGCUGAAAGUGUUUAACUCAGUUUGAUUGUUGUUGUGAUUUAAUGCUUUUUAAAUAAAGAUGAUUUAUUGAAACGUG